GAAAAUGAUAACAUCAUAAUUAAAUAUAUUACUCUUAUGACCACUGAAGUAAUUCAGUACCAUUAUAAUAUUUUACAUACUUUUAAGACGAUGGAAUAAUAAAUGGAUGAAGUAUUUUCACUGAGAUGACAUCCGUUAAGCCUUUGCAAUUGACUUUAGCUAUCAUGAAACCUCAUGUGGUUUCCUGUCCAUUUUCUUUACACGAUAUCAGACGAACAAUAUUAGACAAUGGUUUUUACGUUAUACGGUCAAAGCGUCAAACCAUUAAACUGGAACAGGCAGAACAAUUUUACAGUGAGCAUAAAGCAAAGUUUUUUUAUAACAGACUCAUCACAUUUAUGACAAGUGGACCGUCAGAAGCAUACAUAUUAGCUAGAGAAGAUGCAAUUACAGUUUGGCGUCGUUUAAUGGGUCCGACCAAAGUUUUCCAAUGUCAGCUAAGUAAUCCUGAUUCUAUAAGAGCUAAACAUGGACUAACCGAUACUAGAAAUGCCACACAUGGAUCUGACUCUGAUGAAUCAGUUCGCCAAGAAAUCAGCAUAAUUGUGCCACAAUUUUGCUUUGAGCAUUGGAAACAAACUGAAGAACCUAUGUUUAGGAAUGGAAAAGUACAGUUUAAUGAUCAACAAUUUAUUCAUUUAGCACAUAAUAGUUAGACCGUUUUGUGUGUGAUUGUGGAAAUAUUAAAAUAAUGCCUAAUCAAUAAGAUUAUUGUUAUCUAUAUUGUUUACCAAUCGGUUUAAUAGUGCUUUUAGGUAUAUUAUUUAAAUAAACCAAAUAUUAGUAGUAUUAUAACUUGUGUUAAAAUGUAUGAAUACAGCUUAAUAACAAUAUAAUUGUAAUAUAUUAUAUUUUAUUAGAAUUAUUUUGUUAAAACUGUUUUUUUAAGUACUUAUAAUAUUGAGUCAAUCAAAUAAGCAUUAUGUUACCACUUACCAUGAUAAUUACCUUUAUAGCUUGUAUUGCAUUUAAUUGAUUUUAGAUUUUUGUUUAAAACCUUAAUGUAAACUACCGAGAUUUU